GCCGUCGCAAGCUUCCACUUACACAAUCUCCUACGCCAAGCACCUCGCAGUUCAAGACACUGAUAUACAAUGGAAGAAGGAUAUAUAGUGGAUCCUCCGAGUGGCACGCAGGACGCCCCGGCCGAGAAGCCCUCCACUCGUAGGAAGGCCGUCCGCCGCCGCGACCCAGACAAGAGGCGCCUGCAGAACCGUAUGGCCCAGAAGACGUACAGGGAAAAACAAAAGAAGAGGAUCCAGGAACUAGAGCUACUUGCUGAGGGAUCUAACUCGGUCAAUGUUCCGUCAAACGACCAGCAGGGUGUGGUGGAACCUUCAUCAAGUUCUGUCGACAUUACAGGACAGGCCUCCCUCGAGGUGUCGACGAUCAACCCGUCUCAGCUCCAACCCAGCACUACCAGCUCCGUUACCUUCUCAACAACUCCUUCGGAAGAAGUUGAAGGAGCCGGGGAAACAUGGGACCAGGAUAUCCUCUCGCCCGAAUUCGACCAAUGGCUUGCAGAAGCAUAUCCCGUCGACCCCUCCGUUCCCCCAGUCGUCUUUUUCAACUGUGGCUGCCCCAUCCUUCACAUCGGCGUGCACCUCUCAUCCGUUCUUUUACCCGUCAUCCCUGAUUUGCGCAUGAACACGCUUCGCAUAGAUAUCAUGUGCUCCUUAGGCGCGCUCCUUGAGAACUGCCUCCAGGUCGGCAUUACCCAACGGAUGUACUGCGCCGAAGACUCGGUCUCCCCCUUCUACCGCCCGCAGAUCGAAGACCCGGCUGAGCGAGCUGAUUUCGUUGAAUCGGUGCAGCGCGGAUUCCGAGGACUGCACUUUGAUUUGCGGCCGACGCGGAAGCAGAUCGUUACGAAUCACCAUCCCUUCCUCGACGCUAUUCCCUUCACUGACAUCCGCGACAAUCUCAUCGCUUACGCGGAUGAAAUUGAUGAGGAUGAGUUCUUUCACGACUCGUUGAACCACAUGACAUGCUGGGGGAGCGUCAAGGGGGCACAUACAGGCUCGCCAUGGGAUAGCCGCAGCUGGGAGGCCAGCGAAUUGUUUCUUCAAAGGUGGGAACUGAUAGUUGGCGGCGAGGACGGUCAGUUGACAAGACAGUCUCGCUGGUGGAGGUCGCUCAGGGGCGAGCGCGUAACCGAAAUAUCGUAAAUAUUACCAGAGCCUUGAUUUUAUGGGGCGUUCUGCAGAUUAGUUGAUGUAAUGCGAAGGAGGAAGACUUCGGUAGGCGUAAAUUGGACGGGGGCAUGUUUAACAGGA